GGCGCUAACACUCUCAACUGAAGACAUCAGCUCGCAGAAGUAGAAGUAGAAGAAGAAACAGAAAACACAUGCAAGUGCACUACAUGUUUUGAUCCAACGUAAAUAUUCUACUUGAAGAAAGUCACUAUAUCGCCAGAAGUCUCAAGGUCUGUCGUGAAAUUAUGAUCAUUCGGCGUUUCGGUUAAGAGAGAAUCAGUCGACGUUUCUCGUCUAUUAACAUUAGUAUGACCUAGAAACACAGACUGAUAGGAGCAGGAUUCAGUGAUCAUCUGAUGUAGAUAUGAAGCUCAAAGAGCUAGAAAGCUGCCUUCAACAGGUGGAUGGAUUUGAGGAGCCCAAAAUACUCCUGGAGCAGUACCCCACCAGUCCGCAUAUAGCGGGCUGUAUGUUGUACACCAUCCACAACACAUUUGACGACAUACAGAAUAAACUAGUUGCAGACUUGGGCUGUGGAUGUGGGGUUCUGUCUAUAGGAGCUGCAGUGCUUGAUGCUGGGCUGUGUGUCGGAUUUGACAUUGAUGAAGACGCAUUGGACAUAUUCAAAGGAAAUGUUGAGGAUUUUGAACUGUCAAACAUUGACAUGGUCCAGUGUGAUGUUUGCUCUAUUGGAUCCUCUUAUGCCAAGAAGUUUGACACGGUCAUCAUGAACCCGCCAUUUGGCACGAAGCACAACCAGGGCAUUGACAUGCAGUUCCUACAGACAGCGAUUUCCAUGGCAAGCACAGCAGUGUAUUCCCUUCACAAGACCUCAACACGAGAUCACAUUCAGAAGAAAGCAAAUGAUUGGAAAGUGAAAAUGGAAGUCAUUGCAGAGCUCAGAUAUGACCUGCCAGCAUCUUAUAAGUUCCACAAAAAGAAGUCGGUUGAUAUUCAAGUGGACUUCAUUCGAUUUACUCCAACAUAAACGGCAAAAAGGAAAUCUUGUUGCUUUGCAAAAUUUUAGUUAUAGACUGUUAUAAAAAAUAAAUUUUAGAAAUGAC